AUGCCUGGGACUAGGCCGAGAUGGAUGCUGCAUGUGCAGGCCGUAUUUUGGAGGUUCCUCAUGGGAAUUGGCAUGUCUCUCCACAAAAUGGCACGACCUCGGCCAUCUCGACCUACGUUUCAUAGGGACAUCGACGCGACUGUCUCCCCCCUCAAAGGCACAUUUCGACUCCAUUUCUACGUACCGAAGGACUACAAACGCUACAAAAAGCUCAAGGGAAACAAAAAAUACCCUUGUGUAAUCAACUUUCACGGUGGAGGAUUCGUCUUGGGAACAGCACAAGACGAUGCCCGCUGGUCCAACAUCGUUGUCGAAGAAGUCGGCGCCGUCGUUGUCUCGGUCGCAUACCGCCUCGCGCCAGAGUUUCCAUUUCCUACCGCCGUAGAAGAUGGUGCAGAUGCGAUACUGUGGCUCGCGCAACACGCAGAGGAGCUUAUGUUGGAUUCAGAUCGGUUUGCAGUAUCAGGUUUCUCUUCAGGAGGCAACAUGAGCUUCACGGUACCCUUGUGCCUGCAGGGCGAGCUCUUCGAUCGAACACCGUCUGGCGCACAAAUUAUCGAUGGUCGAGCGGGUAGCGUGCCGAACGCCGUCAUCCAGCCUCCACCAACCACACACUCGACUGCUACUGCAUCCGGCUCAACCUCACGUGUACCACUCAUGCGCCAGCAGUCGCGCCUCGACCGAAUCGCAAUGCUUCGCCAGACAGGCGCAUCGUCGCUAUCCCUCGUUUCGUCAUAUAAAGAUGGACCAGCAGUGUCGAUUAUGACACAGGGAAACAACAGUAUAGUUAAAAUCAGAGGGAUAGUAUCCUUCUACCCACCCACAGACUACACAGUCACUCGUGCACAACGAAGGGCCACAUGCGCACGCGCAGACCAGAACCUCCCCGCUGUCUUCACGGAACUCUUCGACGACUCGUACCUCCAACCGCCCUCCCUCGAUCUCGCACACCCGUGGCUCAGCCCUGGGCAAGCACCGACCCACAUGCUUGAAGCUCUGCCAGACGAUAUCGUGAUGUUCUGCUGCGAAUGGGAUAUGCUGCUCGCAGAGGGCGAACGGUUCAGAGACAAGCUGCAGAAGGACCUGGGCAAGCGCGUGCACUACCACUGUGUGCCCGGGCCGCAUGGCUGGGACAAGGCGCCAAAUCCGCUGAGAGAGUCACCCGGUGCGAGGCAGCAGUAUCUUGUUGCUUGCAGGGAGUUGAGGAGAAUGUUUGAGAUCGACGAAGAUGAGGAGGAACACGAACAUGGUGCGGACAUGCCGUGUAGAAAAUAUCACAAGUCUGUAGAUAUGGGGAAGCUGCAGGUACCGCCAAGGUAG